CGGCCAGUCCGCUCUGGCGCUCCGACUCGAAUACACGGCGUAUGCGCACCCGACGCACGAUAACUAGGCCGCUCUCAUGUGAUACACCAUCUCUCAUAUCAUGGCAGAAGUGUGCUCAGUGACCACUCAUAUAUAACGGCCCGCGACCGACCACCCAAAUGUGAACGAAAAUCUGAAGUGCCGAAUUUAAUUUAGCCAAUUUUAUCUAUGUGGGCUACGUGAUAAGUGUCAAGUGUUAAUAACAUUGUUUCGAAUUUUGUCACAAUAUACGGAUAUCCACCGUUAGGUAGACGUUUCUUGGAAUUGUUGCGAAUUUGUUUUGGUGAAUGAGUCAGUUAACAGGCGUCGGGAUUGUUAACUUCGUCAACGUGCUGCCUACGAUUUCUGAAGGCGUGACAAUGAGAGAAAAAAGGGGCGGCGCAAUGAGCAAAAUGCAAAAGCUUAGAAAGCGCCUGUCCCUUAGCUUCGGUAGAUUAUCAACAAAAGACGAUCCAGACGGUGACGUCAGCGAGUGCCGCGGCCGGCAGCAGAACGGCGGCGGCCGCGGCAAGCUGCCGUACAACGGGUACUCCGAGGAGUGCCUGGAUCGGCUCGAACCCAACGGGAAUAUACCCCACGACAAGGAGCCGCAUUACGGUGAGGACCAUAAUAUAUUUAUGAGAUUAGAAUAAGAGCAAAAUAAUGAU